AUGGGGAGGAAGCCUAGACCUCCGAGGCAUCUCCUCAGCGCUGAAGAUGCCCCGUGGGGCACCUUCGCAGUGAUUGACCCGUUUAGCAGAAUGCUAUUUGUUCCACAAGCCUCCAUGUGCGAUACGCUCGCAAUGCACAGGCCUGGGGUCCCGUCCCUCUGCCGUCUGCAUAUGGAAGGCCGCUGCCGUCAAGGAAACUCCUGUUACCAGGCACACGCCGACGUCAGUGUUGUUGGUCAGCUCCGCGAGGCUGCACUGCAGGAACCGACGUGCUGCGCCCAGCAUGGCGCGAAAAGUGACGUGGAAGGUCUUGCGACGAAUCUGGAAGUUGUUGUAGUUGGGGGUGAUGACACUGAGCAACUCCUCAGAACAACGCCAGCGCGCCUCACCGUAACCAAAGGAUUCCGAUUCCUUGUAAAAAAGCAGACCGCUGAGGGUGGAGGUGAGAAGCCGGCCGUGGUUUUGGUGCCAAUUGAUUCGCUUUGCCGUCUACAUUCUUCAAGUCCAUGUUGCCGCUUUGGUCACGAGUGCAAUUACGUUCACCUGUGCCGAGAGCUUGUCAAGCAACUAAAUGAGCCAAGUGAGCCGAAAGCCGACUGCAGGAGCAAAGAAGAGGCGGCGCAGGCAACACAACCGUCUCCCAUGGGCGUCCUCACCGUUUGCUGCUCGCCUCCGCGUUCGAACACCAAACUUGUCACGCUGGCGACGGAGACGGAGAUUCCCCUCGGCAUGAGUCCACUGCAGAUUCUUUCUUGUAGCGGAACUUUCUUCCACCGGCCGCCGGCGACUGGAAUGGUGUCGCUUUCAGGUUCCCCUAAACUAGGCGCAUCGCCAGUCAUGUCCCGCUCCUACAACUCGACCUCCCUUGGCAUUGUAUGGCGUCACAACCCGUAUGGAGGGGGUUCGUCAGCAUCUUCUGUUCUUGAGACGUGA